AUGUUGAGUGGAAGGAAAGGUCGUGGUUGCCAAAAGAUCGAGAUGAAAAAGAUGAGCAACAAGAGUAACCUUCAAGUGACUUUGUCAAAGCGUCGUAGGGGACUCUUUAAGAAAGUCAAUGAGCUUUGCACCCUUUGUGGUGUAGAUGUUGCUCUCGUUGUAUUCUCACCUAGUGAAAAAGUAUUUUCUUUCGGUCAUCCAAAUGUUGAUACGGUUAUAGAUCGCUAUCUCUCUGGGGUCCCACCACAAAACAACAGCACCAUGGAAUUCAUUGAGGCUCACCAUAGUGCCAAAGUGUGUGAGCUUAAUGCUGAGUUGAUUCAAAUCAAUAACACACUGGACGAGGAGAAAAAGAGUGAUGAUGAGUUGAGCCUUUUGUGCAAGGCGUUCAAGGCUCAAUUUUGGUGGGCUUGUCCAAUUGGUGGGAUGAAUAGGGCUCAACUUGAAUUAUUCAAGAAGAUUUUAGUGGAGCUUAAGAAACUUGUUGCUCAAUAUGUUCAUAGGAGUGCAAUUCAGGGUACUUCUUCUCAAACUUUUUCAUUUUUUGCUGGUAAUGAUUUAUCCUCUAACAUCCCUCUCCAUUAUCAGCCAAAUCCUCAACAAACUGAAAUGUUUCCACCACAAUUUUUUCAUUACCCUAUAUUGCAAUCUCAUUUGUUUGGCUUCAACAAUAUGAGAGAAGGAGGAUAUGGACCCCCCAGAUUCUAUUGA